CUAGCAUAAGAGAAACAGGUUUGUGUCUGGAUAACGACAUGGGCUCUGGAGACAGUUGGAGAAAAAUCGCUGCGCUUAUUGGAGUCUUUGUGGUUUUGAAGGUGCAAGCUGUUCCAACACAUAUCGGUGAUAAUGCAGAUGCUGGUGAACUGAGUGACGACAUACUUGACAUCAAUAGAGGGUUAACACACCUGUUUGAAGGAGACAUCGCUGUUGAUCCCAGCAGGAAUGCAAUCCUUGAUAAAACAAGAAGAUGGAAGUUCCCCAUCCCCUAUAUCUUAAGCGAUUCUUUAGAACUGAAUGCUAAAGGUGUGAUCCUCCAGGCUUUUGAGGAAUACCGUUUGAGAUCCUGUGUGGACUUCAAGCCCUAUGAGGGCGAGAGCAGCUACAUCUCCUUCACCAAGCUGUCUGGAUGCUGGUCAUAUGUUGGAGAUAAUGGAACAGGCAGGAAUGUGUCCAUUGGAGCCAGAUGUGACACUAAGGCUAUUGUGCAGCAUGAGCUCCUCCAUGCUCUGGGCUUUUACCAUGAACAGUCUCGCUCAGAUAGAGACGACUAUGUCAAAAUCUGGUGGGACCAGAUUGAAGAAGGGAAGGAACACAGUUUCAAGAAGUAUGAGGAUGACUUUAUCACUGAUCUGAACACGCCAUAUGACUAUGAGUCCAUCAUGCACUACAGACCACUGUCCUUUAACAAGAACGAAAGCAUCCCCACAAUCACCACCAACAUACCGUAUUUUAAUGAGGUCAUCGGCCAGCGGCUGGACUUCAGUGCAGUAGACAUCACAAGGCUCAACCGCAUGUACGACUGUGCCAACACACACACUCUCCUGGACCAGUGCUCCUUUGAGCUGAUCAACAUCUGUGGAAUGAUCCAGAAUGAGGAGGACACCGCAGACUGGGCCCAGACGCUGAGCAGUCCAGCUGAUACCGACCACACCCUGGCAGGGCACUGCAGAGAUUCUGGCUACUUCAUGAAGUUUGACACAUCUUCGGGCGCAGCUGGAAGCAGCGCCUUGCUGGAGUCACGUAUCCUCUACCCCAAGAGAGACGAGCAGUGCCUGGAGUUCUUCUACAAGAUGACGGGAGCCGCUGGGGACAAACUGGUCAUAUGGGUCAGGACUGAUGAUGGGACAGGGGCUCUACGCAGUUUCAAGAAGAUCCACACCAUUACAGGUAAUGGAGAUGCUGCCUGGAAAAUAGCCCAUGUAACUCUCAAGGUGACAGAGAAGUUCCGCUAUUCCUUCCAAGGCAUCAGAGGAUCAGCAGACUCCUCAGGCGCCAUCUUAAUCGAUGACAUCACUCUUACUGAGACCAUUUGCCCCAGUGCUGUCUGGCAAAUCCACAACUUCAACCAUGUUCUCGCCACCACUCCUAAUGGCAGUGCAGUUAAAAGCAAGUGCUUCUACAACUCGGAGGGCUACUCAUUCGGUGUCAGUGUUUACCCAAAUGGACAACACAGCGCCUACCCAGACUAUGUUGGUAUGAACUUGCACCUCUGCAGUGGGGAAAACGAUACAGUGAUGCAAUGGCCCGCCAAAAACAGGCAGGCAACCAUUGUUGCCAUGGACCAGGACCCUGAUGUAAAACUGAGAAUGUCUUCUACAAGAAGCUUCACUACAGAGACUGACGCCCGCUGGAACAAACCAACAGCGGCUUCGGGAGCGGUGUGGGAUGACAGCUGCCAGUGCCACCGCGGUAAAGACUUUGGCUGGAGUACAUUCAUUUCUCACAAGCAAUUGCACAGGAGGAGUUUCCUCAAGAACGAUGACCUCAUCAUCACUGCUGAAUUUAAUGAUUUGACCCACCUGAUCGAAGCACGUGCUUGUCAUCCCAACCCUUGUUUUAACGGAGGCGUGUGUGUGGAAAGUGAAGGGAGAGCCUCAUGCAGGUGUGCAUCAAGCCUGGUCACCUACUACACUGGUAAAAGGUGUGAGAAACUGAACAUAAAAAAAGGCAUUCUGGGAGCGCUGAUUUGCGGCGCAGCAGGAAUCGUAGUCCUGACACUGGCCAUCUUCAGCAUCAUCAGGAGAGCUCAGUGAAACACAUUUCUGAGAAAUAUGUGAAUAUGUGUCUUCUGUAUUCAUUCAGCAGUGAAAGCACAGCAUACAGUGCCAACACUGGAGAGAGAAGUAUUAGUAUCAGUUUAUAGGCUUAUUUAUGGACACUAAACCCUGGGCCUAUAUCUGUUGUGCGCCCACAUGAAAUAAUUAAAUGUUUUCCUCCUUAGACUAUGGCUAGAAAUCAAGCCCCAACAACUAAAGCAAACAUUUCAACUGUCAAAUUUUAACAUUUUGCAGGAGAGCAGCAGUUUUGUGUCUUAAGUUUGUUUGAUGUGUAUAAUAAAGAUAAUCUUAUUAGUCCACUAAAAGUUAUGAAAAAUGUAUAGUUUGGAUUGAAAAUUCUGAGUCAUGCAUAGUGUAAUGAA